AUGAAGAUAUUCAGCUGUUUUCCUGCAAUGUUCGGUAGAAAGAAAAACAAGAGGAAUCCAAUAAAACCACAGCCACCGAGAACGCAGAGAAUCAUUCAGAUCAGACUUGAAGAGCCAGUGAAGCCUCUGGAGAAUGACAAGAACAGUCCUAUCGAGCACGAUUCAUAUGAUGGUAAAGACACAACCGAAGUAAUUCACGAACGAGACGUUGAAUCUCUAGAACGCAAGGAGUUAGGUAAAGACGUCACAGAUUGUUCUGAAAAUGGCGAUGACGAUGACGAUGACGAGGAAGGUGGACACGUCAGCGAUCCGGGGUUAGGCAGAGCAAACGCUUGGGUGGCUUCUCCGAAGCUCAAACGAUCAUGCUCCACUCUCAGCAAGUUCACAACCGGUAGGUUCCAAGGUUAUGAUCCUCAAAAUCUCCAUGAGCUGAUGAGAGAUAGAAACGACGUCGAAUCAGUUAGGUCUCACAGAAGCGCAGAUAGAGUGAUGCUCAAGAAACAUUCCUCCAUGCAGAUACUUCCUUCCGGUAGCCGUCGGCUCUGGUGGAAACUCUUCCUCUGGAGCCACAGGAACCUUCACAAACACCGUCUUUCGCUGAAGUCACAACCUUUAGGUGCCAAGAACCACCAGUCUGGCUACACCUCUGAGCACGACCAAUCGAGCCAAGAAGUCAAGCAAUCCUCUCAGUGGAUAGCUUUCUCUGCGGAGUCCUCUUCGAUGAAACGAGUAGAUGAGUGGGUUAAAGGACUCGACGUCGAAACCGCAGUCCCAGUAAACGAGGAUGAAGACAAGAACAGCUUCCACAACUUCACAGCCUCUCCCAAGAUCGAGAGAUCACUAUCAAGAAACGUCUCGGAGGCUAUAGUCCAUGCGAACAAUCUUAUCCAAUCGCUAAGCAAAACCUCGAGUGUUGCUCACAUCUCGAGCAUAGGCUUGAAAGCUGUCCCUAGCAUCUCACAUUUCACCAGCCUCAAGUCCAUUGAUCUAUCAAACAACUUCAUAGUUCAAAUCACACCUGCAUCGCUUCCAAAGGGACUCCACGCGUUAAACCUAUCCAAGAACAAGAUCAGUGUCAUCGAGGGACUCAGAGAGUUGACGCGUCUACGAGUGCUAGAUCUCAGUUACAACCGUAUCUCUCGAAUCGGACAAGGUUUAUCAAACUGUACAUUGAUCAAAGAACUAUACCUAGCUGGGAACAAGAUUAGCAACGUAGAUGGUUUACAUAGAUUGCUGAAACUCAUCGUUCUUGAUCUUAGCUUCAACAAGAUCGCCACCGCCAAAGCAAUAGGCCAGCUAGUAGCAAACUACAACUCUCUCGUCGCUCUUAACAUUCUUGGAAACCCUAUCCAGAGCAACGUCGGUGAGGACCAGCUGCGCAAGACCGUCUCAAGCUUACUCCCUAAGCUGGUUUAUCUUAACAAGCAGCUAGUUAAGCCGCAGCGAGCCAGGGAAGUGCUCAAAGACAGCGUCGCAAAAGCUGCGUUUGGUGGCGGAGACUCUGUGCGUCACCGCCGCAAGAAAACGGUCUCCAAGAGAGCUGUGGUAGUAGCCUCCCCACGAGGCCGUGGAUCCAAAGGAAGAAGCCAACAUCAGCUCAGAAAAGCUUCAACUGCAGAGACACCUUCACAUUGA